AUGCGCGAGAUUAAGGACAAGGAACUACGCAAAAAACUUAUUAACAUGGGUUAUGCAUUGAUGGAGGCUACAUUUAACUACUAUCGCGGUAAAAUUCGAAGGACAGACAUUGAGGCCUCAUGCUGGAUAGACAACAUACCUAUGAAGAAGUGGUCUAGAGCAUAUGACGGAGGGCAACGUUGGGGACAUAUGACAACUAACUUGGCAGAAGCCAUGAACUCUGUACUGAAGGCAACACGAAACCUUCCAAUCACUGCAUUGCUCCAAUCUACAUACUAUCGCAUGGGUUCCCUCUUUGGUAAAAGAGGCCACCAAUUGACCAAAAUACUGGCUUCCUGCAGAGUUUUCACGGAUGGUUGCAACAAGGGAAUGACUGAUGAAGUAGCCAAGGAUAACGCACAUGAUGUCAUGCAAUUUGAUUGCGAAAGAUUCUAUUUCAUGGUGCAGGAAAAAAUUAAUCAGAAUGAUGGUCGUCCGACAGGUUCUUUCAUCGUUGACCUGAGGAAUCACUGGUGUGACUGUGGGAUAUUUUAA